AUGAGCUUUGCAAGUCUAAGUGAUGAGGUUGAUAAGAAACUUAUAGUAGUACUGAGGGAUGGAAAGAAGUUUAUAGGUGUACUGAGAACAUUCGAUCAGUUUGCAAACAUAGUACUACAAGAAACAGUUGAGAGGAUAUAUGUUGGCGAUAAGUAUGGAGAGAAGAAUCUAGGUGUAUUUUUUAUUAGAGGUGAUACUGUAGUCAUACUUGGUGAAAUAGAUCCAGAGAAGGAGGUUAAAGAAAAGAGACUGACAAAGGUGUCUUGGGAGGAGAUACAACAGGCACAACGUGUGGAGAAGGAGAGGAAGGAACAAGAGGAGCUGUUAAAGAGGAAGAUUAUGUUGGACAGUGGACUGACCAUCGAUUCUAUUCUGAAUUUGGACGAGCUCUAA